AUGUAUGAAUGUGUGCAUUGGUGGGUUAGUGGAUGGAUGGAUGGAUGGAUGGAUGGAUGGAGGAUGGAGGAUGGAUUGCGCUCCUUUUCCCAAGUGCCAUCUGCUCCUGAAGUUAUACUGAAAAAUAUGGAAAAUUGCACGAAUGCAACUUUACGACAUGUAAACGGUGGACUAGGAAUUAAAAAAGGAAAAAAAAGCACAUGA